ACCCUCAUGAGUAAAACCGCUCCACUUAUUAAGAAAAGGCAGAUUAUGAGGCUUUCGUUUGGAGAUUAUAGAAAUAAAAUGGCAAAAGAAGAGAAAAAAAUUCAAAUGAAGUUUACUCAACCAAAGCCAAGUGAAAAAUCAACGUUUAUUAGGAAAGCUCUUAGGACAGGAAGUGAUUUCAAGUUUAAUUUCUCAAAUCCAUCUGAAAGUACAACUGAAAUACAGGACAAUGGCACACACAAUGAUGUUACAAAUGAAAACAAAAUGUAUGCUAAAACUUCUGUAUUUAUUUCCGAUAAUAGUUUUAGGUUUAGUUUUAAUACUGAAGAACCUCCUAAAGAUUCCUUAUGAUACACAUAAAUAUCUUGGAUUACAAUCAAUUGAAAAUUA